AUGUUUCGCGCACUCCGGAUAUCGACGCGAACGACAACAUCGUUAAGGACGAUUACGACCUCGGCUCCGGCCGCCGGCUACGUGAAGAGUGGCCGGGGCGGAAGCAGCAGCAGCAGUGGGUCGCGGCGACAGUCGAACUCGCAGCGUCUGAACAGGUUCGACAACCGGGAUGACAGGCCGAGCCGGAGACCCGACGCGAGCGGACAGAGCAUUGCGGGGCGCGACCGACCGAGCAGUGUCCCGCAGGUCCCUCGUCCCCCGCGGACGAAGGAGGAGAAGGACCGCAAGCUCCCCGCGCACAGGCAGGAGGCCAACAUCAUCAUGUCACAACCGCGCGACUUCAGCUCAUUCGAGUUGAACCCCGCCAUGCAGGAGGUGCUCGCACAGAAGGGAUAUCAGAAGACAACGCCGAUCCAAUCGCUUGCGCUCUCCGAGAUUCUCGCUUCGCCCCCACCUGAGGCUGAGGGUGCGGCGUCCCGCACUGCAGCUAUCCUCGGCGCCGAAACGGGCUCAGGCAAGACGCUUGCGUACCUCCUUCCUCUGAUGCAGCGACUGAAGGAGGAUGACCGACCUGGACCCCGCUCUGGCAUCCUUGCUCCCCGCGCUAUCGUGCUCGCCCCGACGCAUGAGCUCACCCGCCAGUCAACAGCGGUUGCGAAGCAGCUCUCGCACGGCGUCAAGCUCCGCGUUGCCGGCGCCUCGUCUCCUGGAACCGUCAAGGGUGCGGGUGGCGUUGAUAUUCUCUUCUCGACUGGACGGCGUAUGGCCCAGCUCCUUGGUCUCGAGCGCGAGCGUGGUGAGCGUGUUCCCGUCGAGCGCAAGCGGUACGACGAUCAGGAACCGGAGUUCUCUCCCGCGCGCCUUGAGUGGCUCAUCAUCGACGAGGCGGAUGUGCUCCUCGGCAGUGCCUUUGCGGACGAGACGAAUGCGAUCCUGCGCCGUCUUCCGCGCAACGUCAACGUUCUCCUCGUGACUGCGACGCUUCCGCCUGCUCUGCUUGCGCAGAUUGGCGCCCCCGACUCUCCGCUGAAGGACUACGAGUUCGAUCAACUCCUCUCGCCCGGCCUGCACCGUCUGCCCGCCAAGCUGGAGACCCGCUUCGUUCCCUGGUCCAAGAGCGGCAACAUGUACAGCGACAUUGCGCACGAGGUGCGCCGCGUGUUCGCCGAGGAGGCUCUCGACGCCAAGAACGCCGCUCACGACGAAGAGGCGCAGCGCGGCCUGAAGCCCGGCAGCGUCAAGCCGCAGCGCAAUAUGGCUGUCGUCUUCUGUUCGUCGCUCGGCAAGGUUGCCGCCGUCUCCAAGGCACUCGAGGAGCGGGACAUCAAGUGUCUCCCGUGGACUGGCGACAGCGCCGACCGCAAGGUCGGCCGUAAUGGGCCCCUGGACCACUUCCUUGUCGAUCACAACAAGCGCCCCGAGGGCCUCGAGAUCCCCAAGCCUCCCAAGCAGGUUGCGACGACGGACGAUGGCCAGCCCAUCGCCGUGACUGAGGCUGAGGCUGAGGCGGCCGAGAAUGAGAACGAGGGCGAGAAGGUGAAGAAGGAACAGCCGGAGAGCGAGAAGAAGAAGCCGCGCGUUCUCGUAACAACGUCGCUUCUGAGCCGAGGCCUCGACUUCUCGCCCCUCGUGUCGACUAUCUACCUCGUCGACCCGCCGCGCAACGUCCUCGACUUUGUGCACCGCGCCGGCCGUGCUGGACGUGCUGGACGGCCGGGCCGCGUCGUCGUGUUCGGCCUGCAGCACGCGGGCCAGAGCAAGUACUCAGAGCAGUUGAAGGAGGUCCUCCGUGGCACGGAGCGCAGGAAGGCGGCCAAGCCUGGAGCGAGGACGUUCGAGGGCGUCAAGGCCCACGGCGGCGGCAAGGGAGGAAAGAGGAAGUAA